GUCGAACGAUGCGGAUGCGGAGCACUAAGGCAUGCUUUUUGCUGCUGGGAUUGCAGUUGCUCAUCACUGGCGUCUGGCUGGAGGAGGCCAAUGACUGGCCAGAGUCGGAGCUGGAACUGGAACUGCAAAGACAGCCCGACAAGCUGGCCUAUUGCCGUGCAUUGCAGCGCUUGCAGCUGCAGCACUUUGAGCAAACCAGCUGCUUGAACAUACUCGAGGAUGAGCUAACGAUGACCGGGGAGCUGCUGAUGGACUCUCCGCGACGCUGCUGGUGGGGCUGGGAGCUGUUUGGUAGACGUUGCCGCAAGCGUGCCUAGGGGCCAACUGUGCUGCACAGUCUAGCUACAAUUAUACUCCGGCUAAAAUUAAGAAAAA